AGCACAUUUCUUUCUUUUCGAGUUCUGCUUUGGCGGGAGAGGGGGAUGGAGUUGUCAAUGAGCGGGAACGCGCUCAAAACCUUCAAUCGAUCCAUCACGUGCCUCGCACGUGUAGGCAACGAGCUCGUCAUCCAAGCAUCACCUUCUCAGUUUCAUUUCAGCAAAGAAAAAGAAAAGAUAUAUGGCUUUAUUGUGCAGCUUGUUCUUCAUACUCUCAAUUCCUCCCGGUCAGCCUAUCAGUCCAUAACACUCAAAGCUGAUUUUUUCGAUGUCUAUACACUUUCAGCAGCCCAGGUGCAAUGCAGUGUGCUUUUGAAGGCAGUUUGUUCUAUUCUCAGGACACCUAUUACAAGUAUUGAUCGUCUAUGCGUGCAUUUACCCAAUUCGGAUGCAACAAAAGUGCAGUGGACAUUAGACUGCCACAAUGGCAUGAGGAAAGCCUACUGGAUUAGCUGCAACGUUGAACCUGACAUCCAACAUCUCUCUCUCGAUAGGACGAAAUUUCCCAGUAAUUUUGUAGUGAGGCCUCGCGAUUUCAACAGAUUGCUAGCGAAUUUCCAAUCAUCGCUUCAGGAGAUUACCAUCAUUGCGACUGAACCCACAUCCUCACCUUCGGACUCCGGGAAUGCAGGUGGGAAAGCUGUUGAAUUCAGGAGUUAUAUAGAUCCGACCAAAGAUAACAGUGAUGCAGCUUUACACACUCAACUUUGGAUCGAUCCAUCAGAAGAGUUUUUGCAGUAUACACACUCUGGAGAUGCUGUCGAUGUGACAUUUGGCGUCAAAGAACUGAAGGCAUUUCUUUCGUUUUGCGAGGGAUGUGAAGUUGACAUCCACCUGUUCUUUGAGAAAGCUGGCGAACCCAUUCUAAUGGCACCAAAAUUUGGUGUAACUGAUGGCACAAACUCAGACUUCGAUACAACGCUAGUCCUUGCAACGAUGCUUAUAUCGCAGCUGCGUGAGGGAAAUACUUCAGAGCCCCCUCAAGCAGAUCCAGUCUCCUGUGACCAGGAUGAUCAUGAAACAGGUUCCCCGGCACAUGGUGCACAUCAUACUUCUGCACGUGAUAAGUCCAGAGCAGCUAAUCCAUCUCCUGUUUCUGACAACCCUUCCGACCACACCAGGAUCUGGUCUGAACUCACAGGAAGUGCUGCCAAAAGCUCCAGUGGAGUUGAAGAAAGACGCGUUGCAAUGGAAGGUAGUCCUAAUGCUGGGGAACAGAAUGGGAUGCGGAGGCUUAACAUGACUGGUCUGGCAAAGACAUUGCCCAUUGGAGAGAAUGUUCCCGAUCCCAGUUGGCGGCCAAUGGAAACGGAUCGCUUGGAUGAACCCCAAGAUAGAACGGAAUUGAAUGGGAAUGGUUGGUCGCAACGUCAUCCUAGUAAUUGGGUAAGUGCUGGUGAUGACGAUGAUGAAGAAGACGAGGAGGAUUUAUGUGUUCAGUCGACACCGCAGUUCUAGGAAUAGCAAGAUCAAGAGCAAUGGUAAUUGAUUGAUUCAUGGAGUCCAUUGCAAUCUACAAACUUGAGCAAUAGUGGACUGGGUGGACCACACUUCAGUAGAUGGAAGCUGUGUUCAUCUCAUCUGAUAGGUGGACCAAACUUCAGAAAUGUAGCUGUACCCCAACAGGUACUGUGUUGCUUAUAGAGCAUCUUUCACAAUGAGCUCUUGGCACUGCUGUUGUUUUCUUCUCUUCAUCAAUGCCAAGGACCUGUUUGGUUUGUUUUA